UGUCCCUCCCUAUCCGACUCACAAAAGCAAGCCUUUCUAAAAAUUCUGAAGAAACAAAAUCAUUUCAUGGAAAAUGGCAGCAGUAGGAGCUUUACUCAACCAUGUCGCCAGGGAAUCCUCGGAUAUCGAUCGACUUGCUAACUUUUACCAAGAGAUACUCGGAUUUGAACGAAUAGAAAGCCCUAAAUUCGACUGCAAGGUCAUAUGGCUAAAGCAAUCGCCAUCUUUUUGUCUCCACCUGAUUGAAAGGGACUCAAACACGAAGCUGCCAGAAGGUCCAUGGAGUUCCAACGAUGCUGUCGCAGACCCAAAAAACCUUCCCAGAGGCCAUCAUCUUUGUUUCUCUGUUUCUAAUUUUGACUCCUUCGUCAAAACCCUAAAGGAGAAAGGAAUCGAGACACAUGAGAAGGCUCAACCGAAUGGGAAAACCAAGCAAGUCUUUUUCUUUGAUCCUGAUGGUAAUGGAUUGGAAGUUGCUAGCGAGUGAUGACCUAGAAUAGAAAUGCUUUGUCCUUUUUGGUAACAAAAACAAUGCCAAUAUUAUGUACCUUAGUUAUGUAAUAGGAAGUUAGAAACACCUAAAAGUGUAUGAUGUAUGGUUUUGGUAACGUAAAUAUUUUCUCAUAAACUUUAGUAGCUAGUUAUA